AUGGCUGAAAUUGUGGUUGAAGUGACUUUCAGAUGUCAUCCGAGUUAUUGCAAAUUGAUCAUGUAAAAUAUAGAAAAAGCGGGAGAUGGAAAAUCGCCGAUUGGAAGACUAACUAUUUUUAGGUGAGAUUUUUGAGACAUUUGCUGAAGAUUUUAACGAGAAAGUUCGACCCAGUGCCAAAUCGAAAAUUUUGAAACGUACAUAUAUUUUUUUAUCUGAAACCACGUUCUUCACAAUUUUUGUAUUUAGAGAAUAUGUUGAAUGGCGUGACAAUGCGAGUCCUGAAGUUCUAACUCUCAAAUUUAUUCAUAUCAAAGGCCAACGUGUUUCUCCGCCACAUAAAUCAAAAGUUCAACUUCAAUUAGUUUUGGAAAAUGAAGAACAGGCGACUUUUGUAUUUUUGAAUCCAGCACAUGAUAAAGAAACAUUGGCAAAAGAACGGGAUAGUGUUAAAGAAACAUUACAACAAGCAUUGAUUAGUCAUCGAGCACGGGUUAAUCAGGUAAGGAAUUUGGCCGGAAAAAUUUCAUCCAUGAUUCAUGUGUUUAUUUUGUAGCUAGCUGCCUCUGUUGAGAAACAAUCGAUCGCCGUUGAACUUGAAGCAAAACAGAAAAUCCUUCGCGAAAAUAAAACGCUGGAACAAUUAUAUAAAAGCCUGGUGGCCACAAAACUGAUUUUACCCCAAGAUUUCUGGGAGGAUUAUUAUAAAAAAGUUAGUUUUUUUAAUCUUAUUUUUCUUAUUCUUUCUUCAAAAAACUUAUAAUAUUUAGGAAGGUCAAAGUGAGGAUCGAAUCGGUAUAAAUGGAGCAUUUUUGGCGAAUAUCGCACAACAAGAAGGAACAAAUGGUGUGAAAUUGAAUUUGAAUGCGGAAAUUAUUCAGGCCAUUUUUGUCACUUAUCCGGCUGUUGAAAAGAAACAUUUGGAAUUGGUUCCGCAUGAAAUGACAGAAUCCGCGUUUUGGACCAAGUUUUUUCAAUCGCAUUAUUUUCAUCGAGAAAGGUACUUGAGUUGGAAAAAAAGAGGAUUCGAACAAAAUAAAAAUCGAAUUAAAAUAUCUUGUAGAAUUUGAAAACAAAAAUUUUGAUACUGUCGAAACUAGAUUUUUACCUAAAAUUUCACUGUAAAAAUUUUGAAACACUAGGUUUGGCGCAAAGACACGUGGGCCAAAUAUCCACGUGUUUUUGAAGUACUGUGACCACGUUAAUUUUCUUCUGAAAACCCCCUCCUAAUUUCAGUGAAGUUCUACCAAAUCCAAAAGAUCCAUUUGCGGAUUGUGUCAAAUCAGACGAAGAAGAAAUGAAAAAAUUGUCAGCUGAAGGAAUUUUGAGAAAACGAUUUGAUUUGGAUCAUUUGGAUGAUUAUGGUUUCAGAGAUUUCACAUAUGUAAGUCUAUUUUUAUUUUUUUUUUGAAUCUCAAAAUGAAGAAUUUCAGAAAUCUGAAUCGCUUCCCAAGUCUGUUCGAGCCACUUUGAUUAAAAGAUGCAAUUAUUUGUCGGAAAAAAUUUUGGCGAUUUCUUGGAAAGAUGGAGGAGCUGAAACUAUUGCAGCUGGAACAAAAACUAAUGAGAAACAAGGUUUUGCCGUUUUGAAUGUGAGGUUUUUUAAAGGAAAACAUCCUGUUAUUUAUAAAUUAUUUUGCAGAGAGUUGUUGCUGAAACUGAAAAUCGUCUCGAAUCGGGUGAUUUGGCUGAAACUUCGACAAGUGAAGAAUAUCAACAUCUGAAAAUUGAUGAGAAAAAUGUGGCUGAAAUUCCAGAAUAUUCUGAAAAUGAGGCAGAAACAUAUAAAAACACUGUCCUUCGAUUUUUCCAAAAUAAUUCGAAUGAAAAAAUAUUGAAUCCAAAAGAUAUGGAACACGAACAAACGAUGGUUUUUGAAGAUGGUUUGAGUAAUGGAAAUAACAAAAUAUCGGAAAAUGUGAAAAAAGCUGAAAAUUGGGAAAUGACGAAUGUGGAAUUGGGAGAAAUGAGAGAAAUGCAAAAUGCGACACGGGAAAUUUGUCGACAUUUUUGGACGAGUUUCCCACCAAAAACGCCAGAAAUGGAAGCAAAAGUUGGUUUUUUUUUGAGAGGACCUUAUUUUAUGGAAAAAUUUUCUUACCGAAAAUGAGCCUAGAAACUUGAUUGGGAUAACUUCUGACAUUCAUGGGCUGGGGUGUCCACUGUACCACAUUAAUUGAUUGUUUUCAGCUGAAACGAAUGGUUGAAACGUUGACAACAUAUCGAGCUGAUAAAGUUGGAAAAAAACAUGUGAGUUUCUCUCUUCCAUUUUGUUCCCUUUCAAAAUCCUUUUUUUUCAGACCGAACACUGUAUUCAAAUGAUUGAUCUCGCACUGGAAAAAUAUCGACAAUUUAUUGAUAGGCAAAAAUAA